AUGUCCGCCUCCACUCCUGUACCCCAAGAUCAGACCUCCACGCCUGCAGCAAUGACAUCUUUUCGAUCGCAGAUCAUCGGCACCUGGGAUCUCGUCUACUACAUCGCCAUCAAUCCCGAGGAUCCAGACGACAUUGUCUACCCCAUGGGCAAUGAGGCCAAAGGACAAAUCAUGUACAGUAGCGACGGGUACAUGGCGGCUCUGCUACAAGAGGGGAACCUGAAACCCUUCGAGCACCACUGGAAACACGGCAACACCGAAGAACUGGCUACUGCCGCGAAGAAGACCAUGGCGUACGGCGGUCCAUUCUACCUUGACGAGGACCCCGGCAAGCCCCAGACGAUCGUCCACCACGCCCAAAUCAGCAUGCAUCCGAACUUGAUCAAUACCUUGCAAGUCCGCCAGGCGGAGCUCAUCCAGGAAGACGGCCGCGAGUGCCUCAUUUUGGGACCUGAAUCUCCGACUGAGUGGGAGGGAACCCAACGCCUUCUGCGCCUCAAGUGGCGGAAGCGAUCUCAGAACAAUGCGACGAAGGCCCCCCACGAUGCUAGAGAGUUGAAGCUGUGA